UCUGAGGAAAUAUGGCGCAGGGAGCACUGCAUAUACCAGGGAUAUUCAUUGCUUCAGUAUAUUCGUUUGUAGCAUUUUGUCUGUCUGUUUUCGUCACCUUUGCAGCAUUUGACUCAGCAAACGCUGACAAUGUAUUCAGUGCGAGCCACACGGCUACUGCACCCGUUGCUGUCGCUCGGGAUCUGCGGUACCUUUUGUAUGACGUGAACCCUCCAGAGGGGUUCAAUCUGCGGAGAGAUGUCUACAUCCGCAUGGCCUCCCUGGUGAAGACUUUGAGGAAGGAGGGGGAUGACUGGGUGUUGGUGUUGCCCCCAUGGGGUCGCCUCUACCACUGGCAGAGCUCCAACAUCCACCAGAUUCGCAUCCCGUGGGGAGAGUUCUUCAGCCUCACUAGCUUGCAGGCCAAUGUACCUGUCAUUGAGUAUGAGGAAUUCAUUGCUGAGAAUGGAGGUCCAUUCAUAGACCAGGUUCUGGUGCUGCAAAACUACGCUGAGGGAUGGACUGAUGGGAAAUGGGAGGAAAAAGUUGAUGAGCGGCCGUGUAUUGACAAGUUGAUGUACUCCAAAGAUAAACAGGGCUACUACAGGGGCUGGUUCUGGGGCUAUGAGGAGACGAGAGCUCGAAAUGUAACUUGCAUAUCAGCCCAAGGCCACGCGUCCAUCAUGGCCCCUGUUCUACAGAAAAACAUCACAGUGACAUCCGUUAUGCUUGACCGAGCAGAGACACUCCUCCAUGAUCACUAUGCUGGGAAGGAUUACUGGGAUACCCGCCGCAGCAUGGUUUUUGCCAAACACCUGAGACUCAUCGGAGAUGACUUCAGAGCAAAGAACCUAAACUCUACAGAUGACAGAGACCAUACCAUUUACAGUGAGGACUGGACACGCAUGAAAGCCAAGCUGGGCUCAGCUAAAGGUGGUCCAUAUGUGGGAGUCCACCUGCGCAGGAAGGACUUUAUCUGGGGUCACCGUGAGGAUGUACCCAGCCUUAAGGGUGCAGUGAAGAAGAUCCGCAGCUUGAUGAAGAAGCACAAACUGGACAAUGUGUUUAUUGCCACUGAUGCAGAUGAGGAAGAAUUGAAGGAGCUGAAAAGGUUGCUGCCAGACAUGGUGCGGUAUGAGCCGUCAACAGAGGACCUGGAGCUGUUUAAAGAUGGAGGAGUGGCCAUCAUUGACCAGUGGAUAUGUGCCCAUGCAAGAGUCUUUAUAGGAACAUCAGUGUCCACCUUCUCUUUCCGGAUCCAUGAAGAAAGGGAGAUCCUGGGCUUUGACCCAAAAACUACUUACAACCGUUUCUGUGGGGACACUGAGAAAGAAUGUGAACAGCCCACACACUGGAAAAUAGUUUAUUGAUGUGACCUCUCACUUAUCUGAUACACACAAGUGCCAAAAGCAGUGUUAAAAGUGACAUUUAUUUGUAUGGAAUAUACAAGCUAUUUUAACUGUUUGAUGGUGUAUUUUUGACUUUUCAUGGUUUCAGAGUUGUGCAAUCAGGUCUGUAGUGACCACUGUGACUGAGCCUUAUGCUCAAGAGGCCACGACUGGGCUGCCAAACAUGUGUUACUGUAAUGUUCAACAAGUGAAUCUGCAAAUAUUUUUUAAGUUGUAUGUUGAAUGUGGAUCCCUAAUGUCAGCCUGGUAUUUUACAUCAUUUCUUAUAUUUAUGACCAGCACCACUGGUGAGAACAUGUGUCUUAUAAUGAGUGCAGCAGAAAGUGUUGUAUGGGAGUAUUCUCAGUUUAACAUUUUGUGAGAUUCAAAGAUGUUGAGCAUCUGAAGUUAUUCUAUUUUU